AUGCUGAUCUCGGAUGAAGGAGAUAAUGGUGUGUUCUUUGAUGCAUUGGAUUGUUUUUCACCUUCUCAAGAAUCUCUUUUGAGAAAUCAAUAUUUUGGGUAUGACUUUUGGCUUAAUGAGCCUCUUAGUGUCAAGGAAAGAAAGGAAAAUUUUCUACAAAAGAUGGGUUUCGUUGAUGCUUCUUCUGAGUUUACUUCUGAAAACAAAAUUGUGCACUGGGACGAGAGGAUAACGGACUGCAGUGAAACAGUAUCAAAUGAUUGUGUUUUGUCUUCGACGGCGCGAGUCGUGUUUGAGUCCAGAGAUGAUGAUGAUAAAACAGAUGCAAGUUUACAAGGAGAGGAAUUACAUGAGCUAAGAAAUAGAGAAGCAAAGAUUGUAGAGGAAUUUCAAGUUAUUGAUAAUGGUAAAAAGAAAAAGAAAAACUGGUGGAAGCAUUUUGUUAACAGUGGGAAACUAGCUGGAGGGAUAGUUAGAUCAAAAUUUAUUAACGCGAAUACGAAUGAAACUUGUCGAAUCAAUGUAAGGCACAAUAAGAAAAGCUGGAAUGAGUCUAGUGCUGUGCAUGGUGGACAAGAGAUUAGAGCACACAAAGGUCUAAUUUGGACUAUGAAGUUUAGUCCAAGGGGCCAGUAUCUAGCAACUGGCGGCGAAGAUGGUGUUGUUCAUAUAUGGCAUGUUUCAUCGCUGAAUGCUUCUAGUAUUUGUUAUGCUAAACAAGCUAGUGCUGUUAGCAAAUUGAAACACGGCGUGUCUUUUUCUUCGAAGAAAUGUUGUCAAUCCCCCGUUGUUGUUCCAAGUAAGAUUCUCAAAAUUGAGGAAUCCCCACUUCAAGAACUGUAUGGUCAUUCAAGUGAUGUGGUGGAUUUGGCUUGGUCUGAUUCAGAUAUGCUCCUUUCCUCGUCUAUGGAUAAAACAGUUCGCAUGUGGAAAAUUGGUUAUAAUCAAUGUUUAAAAGUUUUCCAUCACAAAGAUUAUGUGACAUGUAUUCAAUUCAACCCUGUUGAUGAAAAUUACUUCAUAAGUGGCUCCAUAGAUGGUAAAGUUCGAAUAUGGGGAAUACAUGAAGAGCGAGUUGUUGACUGGGCAGACACGCGAGAUGUCAUUAGUGCCAUAAGUUAUCAGCCAGAUGGGAAGGGGUUUGUAGUCGGUUCCCUUUGUGGUAUUUGCCGCUUUUAUGUAACUUCAGGUCAACAAUUUGUGCAUAAGGCGAAGAUUCGUGUCAAUGAAAAGAAGAAAAGAUCAUCUGGCAACAAGAUUACUGGCAUUCAGUUUUCUCAUAAAAACCAUCGGAGAGUUAUGAUCACAUCACGAGAUUCCAAAGUUAGAAUAUUUGAAGAUGCUGAACUUGUUCAGACAUAUAGAGGUCUUCUAAUGUCUAGAAGUCAGAUGUCUGGUUCAUUUACAUCUAGCGGAAAUCACAUAAUUUCGGUUGGUGAGGACUCUCGUGUGUAUAUUUGGAACUUCAAUGACUCGGGAAAUUAUUUUUCGAAACAGAGAAAAACAGAUAGUUCAUGUGAGCACUUCCGCUCCAAGGGUGUUACUGUCGCAAUACCUUGGUCAGGCAUGACAUCAGAAAGAAGCUGCUCUUUUGGCGACUUUGUCAACUAUUCUUCUGAAAAGCAACGCAAAUUAGUGGCUGCUCCCAGUUUUAGAGAGUCGGAACGUUUUUCUUUUGGGAGUUGGUUCUCCAUUGAUGGUUCGUGCCACCGUUCUAUGACAUGGCCUGAAGAGAAACUUCCCAGUUGGGGUUCACCUCUUUCAGAAAUUGAAUUUGAUCACGACGAGCUAUCUUUUAAAGAUUUAUGGCAUGAGAAUCGUGUACCCGAAACAUGGGGACUCUCGGUUGUUGCAGCCGGUCUUGAUGGAACCAUCAAGACAUUUCACAACUUCGGAUUUCCUGUUAGGCUUUAG